UAAGGGUUUUCUUCGGAAGACGGAGAUUUUGAGCAGUAGAACUAGAAGCGAGGAUGGAGAAAACCGCCGAAGAGCUCCAGCGUGAGAUCGAUGAGCUUCACCGUCAGCAGCGAGAGAUAACAGAGAGGCUUCGAGACCCUCGGGGACUUCGGAGGGGAGGCCUUACCGGUGCUGCACCUCGGAAUUUUGCUUCCAAUGGAGCUCGCCACAGAGGCUUUCUUCGCGCUGCGGAUAGGAACGACAUGGAAGAUGAGCCUCCUGCCAAACGUAGAUUGUCAUCCGCCGUUGUCAAGGUCGGGGGUGGUGAGGUAGGUAGGGAUGGAGACACUGGAGAAGAUCUCAGGGAAAAACAGUUUAGAGCUGCUGAAAAUCUAAACUCUGACCAAAGUGGGAAUAAGUCAUCCAGCCAACACCGUGGUGCUUGGUUUCAAGGAGAUACCAAUCAAAGAAUGGCUAAGAAGGAACCUGAAGCUCUCACUUUGCCGGAGCCUGCACCAAGGAUUUUGCCUAAGAAUGAGGAUCCAAGUUUGGUUAAUAGGAAUAGAAGAAUGCUGGGCCAACUCUUAGGGACUUUGGAGAAGUUCAGAAACGAAGACAAACAGCUUUCUGGAACAGAUGCCUUUGCACGGCGAUCCACUGCCAUGCAAAGAGCUGAGCAAAAGGCACGUGAAGAAGGUGAAAGACUGAGGCAACAAGAGCGUGAACACAUUGCUGAAAGGAGGAGGCGAGAUCUUACUCUUCGAGCUCGUGUUGCUGCCAAAGCAGAACAGAAGAAAUUGGAACUGCUUUUCCUUCAGUGGACUAAACACCAAAAGAAACUUGGCAGUUUUAUAAGGACUAAAGCAGAGCCACCAAUAUACUAUAUGCUGGCAAAGCCACUGGAAGAAGGUGGCACUAUGUUGGAGCAACAGAAGGAGCAGGCAUUCUUGGAAUGGAAGGCUGCAAGGCGAGAAGAACUGAAUCAGUAUCAAAAGGAGAUAGAAGAGCAAUACCUGGCUAAUGUAGAGAAGGAGCUGGAGAGGUGGCAGAACGUGAGGAAGGCGAACAGCAAAGCUAUGAAUUUGCAGGAAACAAUGGAUGAGGAAUUAGAGACUCAUAGGAUGAAGAAUGGGCUGAAGAAAAGGAAGAUUCCUGGAGCAGGAGAUGAAAACAACAACGAAGAUGAGGAAGAUGAUAUGGAGGAUGAAAUGAUGAUGGAUGAUGUACUUGGAGAUGCUGGCGAUAGGAACCUCCAAGGGGCGGAUGUGGUGGUGGCAAAGGAUGAUACAGCCGAUGCAGAGACUGGGGCGGUGGCGGCAAUGGCAAUGACGCUGAACAAUCUUCUAAUGAGCACUAGUUUCAGUCUCUGGUUUCUUCUUUCUGCUUUUACUCUUGUUAUAUAUAUAUAUAUAUAUAUAUAUAUAUAUAUAUAUAUCUGAUGCUUGUAUGGUGUACUGAGAGGACUGAGAAGCUAUUUUGGUGCGAUGCUUAUGAUAGGAGAGAUUUUCCUGCUGGGGAAGUGGUUCUUUUUGCCAGGCAAAAUGAUAUAUCAUGUGCUGUAGAUAUAUUA